UAGGCUCAAUCCGGCAUGCUAAUAUUGUGAAACUACUUUGCUGCCUCUGGAGCGUCGAUAUGAAACUGCUGGUGUACGAGUACAUGGAGAACGGGAGCCUGGAUCGGUGGCUUCACAAGAAGAAGUGGAGGGUGGGGGGUCAAAUCGAAGAGAUGAACUCUGAUUACAUACCUUUAUUAGACUGGUCCACCAGGUUGCAGAUUGCUGUCGAUGUGGCACAAGGAUUGUGCUACAUGCACCACGGUUGCUUCCCACCUAUCGUGCACCGAGAUGUGAAGUCGAGUAACAUAUUAUUAGACUCCGAGUUUAGAGCCAAGGUCGCUGAUUUCGGUCUGGCUAGAAUGCUCGUCAAGCUUGAAGAGGACAACACGGUGUCGGCGGUAGCCGGAACAUUCGGUUACAUGGCUCCCGAAUGUGCGCACUCGAGAAAAAUAAAUGAGAGGAUGGAUGUGUACAGCUUCGGAGUGAUUCUUUUAGAAUUAACCAUCGGAAAAAAAGCAAAUGAUGGUGAAGAAAAUAGAAAUCUAGCAGAGUGGGCUUGGCGUUGCUUACAGAAGGCUGACAAGAUGAUCGAUGCUAUAGAUCAGGACAUCAAAGACCCAACAAAUAUAGAAGAGAUCGCAAUGGUCUUUAAAUUAGGAGUCAUGUGUACCAGUACAUUGCCUUCAUCAAGACCUACAAUGAAGGAUGUACUCCAAAUCUUACUACGAUGUCAACGAGCUAUUGUAAAUGAUACUAUAGUGUGAAUGAAAAGAUAAAACUGGAGCUCCUACCAUUGCAGCUGGCGGUGAGCAUCUCAUUUAGCCCAACUACAGACUGUCAUACCCAUGAACAAUUCUUUUAUACACACAGCAACGAGUGAUGGAAGCAUGUUAGGCGACAUCAAUUGGCAAGAGUCUAUACGUAAGCACGUAAGCACAUUAUUCUCCAUGUCAAUUAUCUCUCCUAAUAAAUAUUGUGUAUUCCCUUGUAUCCCUGUUCUUCUUUCAUCGGACAUUUCACUCUAUAUUAAACAUGCCGGAUGACUAAUAGUUUAUUAUCAUUGGCCUCCAUAUUUCUCAAAAAAUUCAUCCCCGUGAUAAACUAGAGGAGGUUCCAACCCUCUCCGUU